UGUGGAAGACGACCAACUAAUGGUCUCAGUAAAUGACAGCAAACUGGUGUCUGCUUCAGGUCCAUUGAUUACCUUAGCUUCUGUUCAACUAGAUAGCACUGCAGAUGCAUUCAAGCUUGAUAUGCCACCGUUAAACCUGCUGGAGGAUUGCAAUGGAGAACAAGUAUCAAAUCCAGCAGUUCCCUCCAACCUUCCCUGCUCAUUGGAGGCGGAUGUAAAGGUAAAGAAGGAAGUGGAAAAAUCCCACAGCACCAUCUAUGAAGCCCAUUUCAAACUACCUGAUUUUUGCACAGAACUCUCUAGGGAUUUCAUCCCUACAUUGGAGGAGAUCGAGGAGUUCCUGAAUGAGAAGACUGUGUUUCUUAAGGAUGAGCCAAAUGACAAGCAGCCAAAAGGAGGACAGCUUGAGAUAAAAUCUGAGAUCAAUUUGAGCAGCCCUGGGCAUCAGUGUACCUCUAGAACUGCUCUAGAUGAAGGUCAUUCAAGCUGUGUUCCAUCUGGAGUGGCAGCUGCAGGUAUAAGCAUCCCUGAAACAACGGGAAGUGUUCCUGUUGUUCUUCAGAUCCAGCCCAUUCAAGCAAAUGAAGGGAGUUCAUCAACUCAGGGCCCUACUGGGGAUAUCAAAAUGGCCCAACUUGUCAUCAAAAUGCAAGGCCAGAGUGUGACUAUACUUCCUCAGGUCAUCCAGAGCCCUAUGAUAAGCACAGACCAGAAGUAUGUACGAAUAGCCCCUUUGCCUGUGACACUAAGACCGGGGGUCGUUGGAAGCACAAGGAACAUGGAAUCCAAGGUCCCCAAAGCUGCCUCUUCAGUCAUCCGAGUCCACAAGUGCACACAUCCUGGCUGCACCAAGAUGUACACCAAAAGUUCUCACCUGAAGGCGCAUUUCCGACGCCACACUGGAGAAAAGCCAUAUACCUGUACAUGGCCUGACUGUGGCUGGAGGUUUUCUCGUUCAGAUGAACUCUCUCGCCACAAGCGCUCCCAUUCUGGACUCAAGCCUUAUCAGUGCCAAGUUUGUGAGAAGAAAUUUGCCCGCAGUGACCACUUAUCCAAACACAUGAAGAUCCACAGAGUGUCAUUCAGUUUGGCAAGCCAGACAAAUCAGGGUUGUGGUAAAAGUUAAGCCUUCCUUCAUUGCCUUGCUAAGAGAAAAAUUCCAAGCAAAAUAAAUGGAAGUAU